AUGAUAGACACAACAAAUCUGUACCAAGUUCCAGUAACAGCACUACUCACUGCAAAUCAAGACAUCUCAGACAUGAUACUGGUUGACUUUACAGCAAAGGAAGCGGCUCAGGACCUCCAAAUGAGCCAACAUAAACCAUUGCUGAGGAAAACAUGGAAAAGAGCAGCAAAGACUGAAGCCAGAGACACUGGGAAAUCAAACAGCAAUAUACCAUCUGAUCAACAGGAGAUAGAGAGAAUUAUAAAUGAUUACUAUACAAAUCUCUAUACUUCUCAAGGGUCUACACAAGGACACACACUACUGCCUUAUAUCCCAAACAGUGUCACUGAUAGUAUGAAUGAAGAAUUAAUAGCCCCUGUUUCAGAGGAAGACAUCAAAAAGGCAUUGUUCACUAUGAAUCCUCACAAGUCCCCAGGCGAGGAUGGAAUGUCAGCAUUGUUCUAUCAACAUUUUUGGCCACUAAUCAAAGGAGACAUUUGCAGAGCUGAAAAUGCAUCAUGGCUUUGGAAUUCUUGGCUAAAAGUCAGAGAUAAAUGUGGAAAAUGGAUGCAAGCUGUGAUACAUAAUGGGAAAGGGACAAGAAUUUUAGAUGACUUCUGGGUACCUAACUCCAAAGGGAAAAGGCUUCAGUUCAUACCUGGAGCAGGAGCAAAUCUUACAUGGACCGCCGCCGCCGCUGCUCUCUCCGCCGCCCUCUCCUCCGCCGCCGCCGCUGCCCUCUCCUCCGCCGCCGUCGGGCCCUUCCGACUCGUCCGUCCCAUUUUUCGAACGUGA